GCUGCGAUAUGUAUGAUUCACCUGCUGCGUCCAUAAACAAUCACUACGUCCAUGCUUCAGAGUAACUAUACAUGUAUAGAACGAAGUCGCAGUCUUUUCCCAUGAUGUCUAGCGCUAAAAUGUUAAUGACUCACUUUUUUAUUGGCCGGAAUCAGCCAAUAAAAAUCAUGAGAUGUCCCACCCCGCCUUCAGCAUUCUCUCUGGUGCUCCAGCAUUAUAUAACGACCUUAACGUCACCUUCUCUGUCCACCACACCUGGAUUUCUUUACGGCAGUCACAACAGUCAACAGUUUCACAGAUUUAAUCUCCAAAAUACCUCUGUCAUGGCUGGAAAAGUUGUGCUGCACUACUUCAAUGGAAGAGGGAAAAUGGAGUCAAUCCGCUGGCUUUUAACAGUGGCAGAAGUAGAUUUUGAAGAGGUGCAUCUGACAACUCAUGACCAGUAUCAGAAACUCCUCAGUGAUGGACACCUCAUGUUUCAGCAAGUUCCCAUGGUGGAGAUUGAUGGCAUGAAGCUUAUUCAGACAAAAGCCAUCCUGCAGUACAUUGCUGAGAAGUACAAUCUUCAUGGAAAAGAUAUCAAAGACCGUGUCAUGAUCAACAUGUACACAGAGGGACUGAUGGAUCUCAUGGAGAUGAUCAUGAUGUUGCCCUUCACUGCAGAUCCAAAACCAAAACUGGACAACAUUCAAGCUAAAGCGACCGAGCGCUACCUUCCAGUGUUCGAAAAGGUGUUGUCGGGGCAGAUCUACCUGGUGGGAGGUAAACUCAGUGUUGCAGACGUGCUGCUGCUUGAAUGCACCCUGAUGUUGGAGGAGAAAUUUGUUGGAAUCCUCGGCGGGUUUCCCAACGUAAAGGCUUUUCAGGGCAGGAUGACCAGGAUUCCCGCCAUCGACAGGUUCCUGAAGCCAGGCAGCAAGAGGAAGCCCCAGCCAGAUGAUCAGUACGUGAAGACCGUCAUGGAGGUGUUUGACAUCAAAUCACUGCCUUGAGCUCUGGAAAAGUUCCGGUACAUUCCUCUCAUCAGCAGUGUGAAUGAUUCAUAAAACAAAUACAGCCCAUUCAACAGGGUGACCAGUUAUAUUUGCAGGUUUAUGUUGAGAUGAAAACUGCACUAACCAUCCUGAAAUAACAAACGCUUUUAGUAUGACAGGAAUCUGUGAUCUUUUAUGUCAUUAAAUGGAUACUUUAAUGGAAGCUUCUACUAAAUAAAGUGUCUAUUUUUAACAAA